CACCUACCUGCCCCAUCCCAAUUGCGAUACCACAGAUGUCAGACCACGAAGCAGGUGAGAAGCGGAAGCGGGUUGUGGAAAAUGUCAGCAUACAAAUGCCCGGGUGCAUGGCACGCACAUGCUCGGCCGCCUGCUCAAAGGAGCACAAGCAGGAGACUGGAUGCAGCGGCCAGCGCGACCGCACAAAGUUUGUUAAGCGAGCCGAAUACGACGCCAACACCCUGAUGAGCGACUAUGGCUUUUUGCAGGAGCUUUCGCGCGACCACGAUAACCUGACCCGCCUCGUCAAGGAGCAAGGGCAGAAAGCCAAUGCAGCAAGCAGGCCUGGCGCUACUACCCUCACUCUGACGCAAAAGAAUACCGUGACGCGUGCCCGGGUGAACCGCAAUCCCGGAAUCCAGAGACAUGCGCAGAACAAGACGCUGUGGUCAAAGUCACACUCGCGGCUAGUGUGGACCAUUGAGGUUUCGGUGCCUGAGCUGGAGGGCGUGGCAGACAAAUGGAUCGAGACCGGCUUCCACGAUGUAUGCCAGCUUGGGGAUCUGUGGGAGCGCCUGCUGCUGUUCAACUCUAGCGAUAGUAAGAAGCCGGUUGACACUGUAACCUCGAGCGCUGCCGAUACACUGAGCAUAUAUUCAAUCGAACAUCCUCGGCCAACACUGGAUGCCAUCAAGGCCAAGUUUGCCACUAGCGCAGUCACCGAGCUUACCUGGCUGAUCAAGGCACAAGACACACCAGCAAACAAGCCGACAUUUUAUCGCAUUGACCCCUGCCAGCCGCUUCAUACCCAGCUUGUAUACCAGACAGUUGUUGACACCGCCAACUCGACUUGGAAACCACGGAUUACGAUUCUCGACAUCCCCGUUGCGGUCCAGGCUAGUGACUCUGAGAGCAGCGCGUCGAGCUCAUCCGAGUCGUCGUCACCAUCAGAUUCGGAGGAUAGUGACGACGAAAACAAGACCAAGGAGAAAUAGGCGUUACCAGCACUGUUUAGAUAUUCUGUUUCUUGGCAUUGAAAAACGUAUACAC